AUGGGUGUCUGUGGAGAUGGGUGUCUGUGGAGAUGGGUGUCUGUGGAGAUGGGUGUCUGUGGUGAUGGGUGUCUGUGGAGAUGGGUGUCUGUGGAGAUGGGUGUCUGUGGUGAUGGGUGUCUGUGGAGAUGGGUGUCUGUGGUGAUGGGUGUCUGUGGUGAUGGGUGUCUGUGGAGAUGGGUGUCUGUGGUGAUGGGUGUCUGUGGUGAUGGGUGUCUGUGGAGAUGGGUGUCUGUGGAGAUGGGUCGCGUGCGCCAGUCCGCUGCAGCUGACGUCACCCUCAGCAUGGCGGUCAAGGUCCAAACAACACAAAGAGCCGACCCCCAUGACUUGAAGAAUAUUUUCCUCAAGUAUGCCAGUGUGGUGCAGGAGGGGGAGUGUCACAUGACCCCCAGUGACUUUGUGCAGAGUUACCUCGGUCUGCACACACAGCCGCUGCACAACCCCAAAACUGUGGAGCUAAUAGCCGGAGUCGCUGACACCACCAAAGAUGGACUGAUUUCUUUCCAGGAGUUUUUGGCUUUUGAGUCUGUCCUGUGUGUCCCAGAUGCACUUUUCAUUGUUGCCUUUCAAUUAUUUGACAAAACCGGCACAGGGGACAUCACCUUCGAGAAUGUUCGUGACAUCUAUAGCCAGACCACAGUUCAUCACCAUAUACCCUUUAACUGGGACUGUGAGUUCAUCAGACUACACUUCGGCCACAAGCGGAACAAGCGCCUCAGCUACACAGAGUUCACUCAGUUCCUACAGGAGCUGCAGCUGGAACAUGCUCGCCAGGCCUUCGCACAGAAAGACAAGAACAAAAGUGGCACCAUUACUGCCUUGGACUUCAGUGACAUCAUGGCCACCAUCAGACACCACAUGCUGACUCCAUUUGUAGAAGAGAAUUUGGUUUCAGCUGCAGGAGGCAACACCUCCCAUAUGGUGAGCUUCUCGUACUUCAACGCUUUCAACGCCCUCCUUAACAACAUGGAGCUGGUGCGCAAGAUUUACAGCACGUUGGCUGGCAGUCAUCGAGACACAGAGGUGACCAAAGAGGAGUUUGUGCAUGGUGCCAAUAAGUUUGGACAAAUCACUCCGAUGGAGAUUGAUAUUCUGUUCCAACUUUCUGGGCUUCACUCUCACACUGGGCGCCUGAACCAUGCAGACAUCGAGAGGAUAGCCCCGCUGGAGGAAGGAGCCAUGCCAUACCACCUCGCCGAGGCUCAGAGACAGCACCCUCUGGACCCAUCCCGGCCCGUCUGGCUCCAGGCCGCGGAGUCUGCCUACAGGUUCAGCUUGGGCUCAAUCGCUGGAGCCACUGGUGCCACUGCAGUGUACCCCAUCGACCUGGUGAAGACCCGCAUGCAGAACCAGCGCUCCACGGGCUCCUUUGUGGGCGAGCUCAUGUACAAAAACAGUUUUGAUUGUGCCAAGAAGGUUCUUCGCUAUGAGGGCUUCUUCGGAUUCUACAGAGGUCUCCUCCCGCAGCUCAUUGGCGUCGCCCCGGAGAAAGCUAUCAAACUCACGAUGAAUGAUUUUGUUAGGGACAAGUUCACCACAGAAGAUGGUACCAUCCCUGUACCAGCUGAGGUUCUCGCUGGAGGAUGUGCCGGUGCGUCCCAGGUGAUCUUCACCAACCCUCUGGAGAUUGUUAAGAUCCGCCUGCAGGUGGCUGGAGAGAUCACUACAGGCCCCCGGGUCAGCGCCCUCAGUGUUAUCAGAGAGCUGGGCUUCUUUGGCCUUUACAAGGGAGCCAAAGCAUGCUUCUUGCGAGACAUUCCCUUCUCUGCCAUAUACUUCCCGGUGUAUGCCCACACCAAGGCGAAGCUGGCUGAUGAGGAUGGACGUGUGGGGCCUCUGCAGCUGCUCACUGCUGGAGCUAUUGCAGGCGUACCGGCGGCAUCUCUCGUCACCCCUGCCGAUGUCAUCAAGACCAGGCUCCAGGUGGCGGCCCGCGCAGGACAAACCACGUACAGCGGAGUCAUCGACUGCUUCAGGAAGAUCUUAAGGGAGGAAGGCUUCACCGCGCUUUGGAAAGGCGCAGGAGCUCGUGUGUUCAGGUCCUCUCCCCAGUUUGCAGUGACGCUGGUGACCUACGAACAGUUACAGAGGUGGUUCUACGUCGACUUUGGAGGGCAUCGUCCUUCUGGGUCUGAGCCUACUCUUAAACCUUCUGCCCACGACCUCCCAUCAGUGAAGGCAGACCAUGUGGGGGGCUAUAGUCUCGCUGCAGCCACGUUUGCCGGCAUUGAAAGGAAGUUCGGCCUGCACCUGCCCAAGUUCAAGCCCUCUGCAGCGGUGGCAACCACUGAAUCCACAAGCGCCCCUGAGCCUUCUUAA